UCGUUUUGGGGGAUCGUCUCCUUUAGGUUUAUCGUCGCUCUUGGUCACGAGGCGACUCUCACUGUGGAGUUCGAUAUUCAGGCAAUCUCAAAGCUUCCACGACAAAGGUGUCAAAUUUAGUCAUCAUGACGGAGUAUAAGCAGGAACAGGAGAUGGAGAUUGAAGCCCUUGAAGCUAUACUUAUGGAUGAGUUUAAAGAAAUUCAUUCUAGUGAAAGUGGGCUUAAUACUUCGAAUCGAUGCUUUCAGAUCACAGUGACUCCUCAGGAUGAUGAAAUGGAGGACUCAGCAAUUCCACCAGUUCAGCUGGCUUUGGUUUUCUCGCACACAGAAAAUUAUCCGGACGAGGCUCCGCUUUUGGAUGUGAAAAGUAUUCGAGGAAUCCAUGUUAGUGACCUCACCAUCUUGAAAGAGAAGCUUGAACAAGAGGCAUCUGAAAAUCUUGGUAUGGCCAUGAUCUAUACGCUGGUCUCAUCAGCAAAGGACUGGUUGUCUGAACAAUAUGGGCAAGAUGAUGCAGCUGACUUAGCAGAAGAAGAAGCCGCCAAAGAGGAUGAGGUAAUUGUCCCUCAUGGAGAACCUGUUACGCUGGAGACAUUUUUGGCAUGGAGAGAGAGAUUUGAGGCAGAGCUUGCGCUUGAGCGAGCCAAGCUGAUGCCGGAGUCUGCUCUUACAGCACCCAAGGAGAAGAAGCUUACAGGAAGACAGUGGUUCGAAAGUGGCAGAGGGAGAGGAACGGUGGUCACUGCUGAUGAGGAAGAUGAGGAGGAAGAUGAGGAAGACAUCGACUUUGAAGACGAAGACUUUGAAGAUGACGAAGAAGACAUGCUUGAGCACUAUUUGGCGGAGAAAUCUGAUUCUUCCGCUCCCCCAUCAAGGACAUGAAACUACGGGAGAGCCUUAUAUACUGAUUAUUGAAGCUCUUUUCUGGAUAGAGAUCGUGAUGCAAGAUACUGGCCUUGCAUUGAGAAGCAUUCAUUCUCCAUAUCCUCAGAUUUCCGAGUUUUGAUCCACUUAAGAGUACCCUGAGCAUUACCAUUUGUCUUAAAUCUAUAAAACUUACCCUCAUCGUCUGUUCAAUUACAAGAACGCUUUAGAGAAUGCCACUGAUUUUGUAGCUUUUUUGUUUAGAACCAGCUCAAAGCUAAUCUCUCUGUGAAAAGACAAAUAGUUAAAAUUUGGAAGCCCUUGUAACCUUGUUUAA